GGAAGAGAAGCUCUCCUCAACCCACAAAAGGUUGAGGUUUCUAGUUUUCCCCGACGCAGAAGAUUGAUACGCCGGCGAUUUCCGCCGAUCUAACCGGCCAAGUAUGCCGUCCAUGGAGUUGCAUAGUUCCUCCGUAACGUUAGCGUCGUUCAGCCGCUCGCUCAUGAACUUCCAACGUGACCCAGAAGAUUUCCAGCAGGAGCCGGCCGGCGGGAUCCAAGAGCAGGGCAUUGAUGCGUUUCAGCUCCAUGUUGCCGACCUAUUUGCAGAACUUUCAUCCGCCGGAGGCGAUAAUAUCCUUUCUCUUCUCUGGAUUCGGAAGCUAUUGGACGCUUUCCUUUUUUGCCAGGAGGAAUUCCGCUUCAUUCUCUUGAACAAUCGCCAUCUGCUCUCUCGAUCUCCAAUGGAUCGCCUCAUCUCUGAUUUCUACGAUCGCAGCGUCAAAGCCCUCGAUCUCUGCAACGCCAUCCGGGAUGGGAUCGAGCAAGUUAGGCAAUGGGAAAAACACAUGGAGAUUGUUCUAAUUGCGUUGGAUCCACGGCAAAGUUUCAUUACCCAGGGCCAAAUUCGCCGCGCUGAGAAGGCCCUGAUUGACCUAGCCUUGUUCAUACACGAUGAGAAGGAAUCCUCCUCUGUUCUUGUGCAGCGAAACCGGUCAUUUUGUCGCCAACAACGUGCUGCCGCUCACUGCCGAUCAUUUUCUUGGAGCGUUUCUAGGUCGUGGUCGGCAACGAAGCAGCUACAGGCUAUUGGAAACAAUAUCUAUGUUCCCCGUAGCCAUGAGGUUGUUGCCACCAGUGGACUAGCGAAUUCAGUUUUUACUAUGAAUUCAUUGCUCCAUUUUGUGAUGUGGGUUCUGGUUGCCGCAAUUCCUUGCCAGGAUCGUGGUCUUCAGGCUCAUUUCUCCAUUUUGAAGAGCUUUCCUUGGGGAUCUUCAGUUAUUUCACUCCAUGAGAGGAUAAUGGAGGAGUCAAAAAAGAGGGAAAGGAAGAAGUCUGUUGGGCUAUUGAAAGAGAUUCAUCAGUUAGAAAAGUGCAUUCGUCGCUUGUUGCAGUUGACAGAAUCUGUUGAUCAGUUACCUGAGGGAAAGGAGGUAGAGAUGAUCCGACAGGAAGUGCUUGGAUUAGGUGAUGUAUACAAUUCAAUGAACGAAGAAUUGAUACUACUUGAACGCCAAGUAAGAGACGUGUUCCAUGAAAUUGUGCGCAGCCGGAUUGAAGGGCUUGAUUGCUUGCAUAAACCGGAAUGAAUUUCCUAUUUUGUGUUGCAAGUUGGUGGUUUCGGUUGAAAAAAGUAGUAGCAGCAGUAAGUCCUUAAACCAGUUGCAAUUGGAGAAGAAAACGAAGAAUAGGAGGAGACGAUCAAGCACUGGGUGAAAUGUCGCUCCUGUUGUAAGUUUAUACAAACAGUUUUCUUGUGUUUUGUAUAGCAGUUGUGCGUAUUAGAGAUUUUUUGUUUAAAAAAAAAAUGUUUUUUAAACUUUUUAUUGGAUUCUUGAAACAUUGUCAACAUUAUGGAUGGUUUGCUCGAACUGUUUUGUAUUUGUUUUUCUUUUUAGUUGUUAUCAUGUGUAUUUAAGUUUGUGAUUAUUUGUAAUUUUUCAAAUAAAGGUUGGACGCAUUAAUGGCACAAGUUAUAGUGCAA